AUGGCAAAUUUUAUUUACUGUUUAGUUAUAUUACCAGCAAUAGUUGUAACAUUAUUUGUUAGUUUAAUACAUGGUUUUAAUAUAAACUUUACAAAACUAGAGUCAACUAUCAUAGAGGAGAGUCAAUGGAUAGAAACUGUUGAGAAAUAUAUCACUGAUGAAGAGCAUAGACUUUCACAGUUAAAGUCAACAAUUGAUGGACUAAAACAAUACAAUCAAUUGGCAGUCAAUGAUAGCGAUGCAUAUCUAUCACAUCCGAUAAACAUAUAUCUACUUAUCAAACGAUUGGCCACUGAAUGGCCACAAGUGGACAAACUACUGGAUCAGCCGACACACAAUAAGCUCCGGUUACGAGUGAAUCCAAUUGAAAACAAUGAUUUGACUGAAGCGGCUAAAGGUUUACAAAAUUUGGUAAAUACUUACCAACUGGACAUACAGGCGCUGGCAAACGGUUCGGUACAGUUCUGGUCAGAAUCGGAGAGCCGAGACAUAACCUUCCAGCCAUCAGAUGACACACAUCGGCUAACGGCUGCCGACUGUUAUCUAAUUGGAAAACAAGCACUUAUUUCUGGUCACAAUCAAAGUGCCAAACAAUGGUUUGACGAGACUAUUAAACGAACAGUUAUUGACAACACAACGGAUAAUAAGUUAUUUCAGUCUACAGUAGCUAAACAUAUGGCACUGGCCUACUAUAGACUGGGAGAUUAUAAUCAAAGUGUUUACUAUAUGAAUAAAUCCAAUGAAUUAGUCGACUACCAGAGCGAUACAGAUAUACUGUUUAACCAACUAUUUGCUGAAUUAAUUAUAACAAAUAAGUCUAAUAAUUAUGAAGAAAUAAAUCAAUUGUCAGAUAAACAACAACAACAACAACCAAACGGUUCUCAACAUCAAGACUUAGAUAAAUAUUUUAUCGAUAUAUCCAAACAAUUGUGUCGCGGAUUGAAACGUAUGAAUCGGUCAGUUGAGUCCAGAUUGCGGUGUCGUUAUUUGAAUACAACUAACCGGCCAUUACUACGGCUAACCCGUGUGAAAGUCGAACAAUUGUAUGACAAACCAGAAAUAGUGGUGUUUCACGACAUACUCGACCAUAGGGAGAUAGAUGUAAUGAAACAGUUGGCCGCGAAAAGGUUGAGCAGAUUAUUUGUAUUAAAAAAUAAGACAAAAACACUAUCCAGUAGUCGGGUAGCCGAUGGCAGUUGGCUACGGGAUAGGGAUCAUCCAGUGGUUGCCCGACUGACCAGACGUAUCGGCGCUAUAAUUGGCGUUAACAUCUACGGCACUGAAUCGUACAAUGUUAUCAAGUAUGCGGUCGGCGGGUAUUAUUCAAAUCAUUACGAUGUUGUGGUCAAAAAACCAUAUGUUGGCGACGAUCAGUACGGUCUGCCAUACGAUCGUUUGGGCACAUGGAUCACAUACCUGAGCGAUGUCCAAGCAGGCGGUGCUACUGUUUUCCCCCGAUUGAAUGUCAGGGUAGAGCCCCAAAAGGGAUCGGCACUGUUCUGGUAUAAUCUCCGGAGUUCCGGGUUAGUCGACUGGGAUAUGUUGCACAGUGGAUGCCCGGUGCUGGUGGGCGGACCCAAAUGGAUUGCCACCAAAUGGAUCAGAUUUACAAAACAGGAGUUUCAUAAACCAUGUCUAUUAGAUAAACAGUUAUUCAAUUAUGUUAAUUAA